AUCGUUAACCACCAAACCCUAAAAACUUUGUCUCUCUGUAUUUUCUCACCAUCUCUCUCUCUCUCUCCCCCCCCUCCUCUCCGUUAGUGAACAACGCUGCCUCUUCUCUCCUCGCGUCGCCGGCUCGCCGAGGUUCCACUAACAAAAGCCGCCACGCUCUUCCUCCAUCGGUGUAUCUCGGUCUCAGAAACCCUCUGUUCGGCCUCCAUCUCAUUUUUUCUCUCGCUGUCACUCAGUCCCAAUCUCUCCUCCCUUUUCUCUGUUCCAUCAGCUUUCCACCAAGAGCAACCGUAAGCUUCCAGAAAAUCACACAAAACAGCGUGUGAUUUCAACAGAGACGACGAAAACGACAGCCAUUGGGUCUGAGUAUAUACGUGAGAGAAUUGCGAGGAGAUGACGACUGCAGCCCGACCCACUUGGGCGCCUGCAAAAGGCGGUAAUGAGCAAGGCGGUACUCGAAUAUUUGGUCCAUCCCAGAAGUACUCAUCAAGGGACCUUGCAGCCCAUACAACAUUAAAACCCAGAAAGGAAGGGCAAGACACCCAGGAUGAAUUGCAGAAGAGAAACCUCCGUGACGAGCUUGAAGACCGUGAGCGUAGGCAUUUCUCAUCAAAGGAUAAGUCCUACAUUGAUGAGAGGGAUCGCAGGAGAGGAAGCCAUCUCCUAUUGGAAGGGAAUAAGAGGGACACUGAAGAUCGUAUUGCUCCACGUAGCGUAGAUGCAGAUGAUUCUGAUGUGGAAGUAAAAAGUGACAAUGAGAGUGAUGAAAGUGACGAUGAUGAAGCGGCUUUGAUACUUGAGCUUGAGCAAAUAAGGAAGGAAAGAGCAGAGGAGAAACUACGGAAGGAGCGACAAGAGCGGGAGGAAGAGCUUAAAGUCAAGGAAGCAGAGCUUCUCCGAGGAAACCCACUGCUCAAUAACCCAACAUCUUUUAACGUGAAAAGAAGAUGGGAUGACGAUGUGGUGUUUAAGAAUCAGGCUCGUGGUGAAACCAAAGCUCCUAAGCGCUUCAUUAAUGACACCAUCAGGAAUGACUUCCACAGGAAAUUCCUGCAUAAGUACAUGAAAUAGCUUGUUAUUUAAAUCUUGAGCCCAGAAGCCGAAGUAAUCUUCGAAAGAAACCUCUGAUGUGCAAUGAUUAUAUGUGUACUAGAAUGUAGUAAAUAGCUAUGCUGGACAUGGAUUUGGUUUUCAUCAGGAUUCAGAACUGAAUUAUGGAAUUUAAUCUCUAUCCUGACUAGAGUUUGAUCUUUUUGAUUUGUUUGAUAUAUAAACGACCUUUGUAA